AUGAGUAGUUGCGAGCUUACGAAAGAUGAGAUUUUAAAUAUAAAAAGAUUCAGUUAAUAAACAACUGAUGGUUCUUUCUAAACAUAUGAUUCAUGCACAUACUAUGAUUUUAUGUUAUAAAUGUUAGUGAAUGAUUUUAAAAAUGAUUUAAGCAAUUGUAUAUAUCGCUCAGAAUGUCCUAGCUAUGAUACAAUGAUGAUAGUUAUGACUGUUUGCUAUGCUUAUUGUCUGCUAAAGUGUUGCAUUCUUUUUAUGGUUUAUUUCUACUAGAAAAAUAGAGUUAAAAAUAUUUCGAAUAAUAUUUCAAAAAUAAAAAACUUUGAUGAAGAUGUUCAGCAAUAGAUUCAAAAUAAUUAGAAUAAUCAAUUGUAAAACAGUGUGUAAGAUAACUAAGAAAGAAAAAGCAACACAGGUAAAUAUUAUCUUGACGCUGAUAGUAUUGAAGAGCUAAAGACUUAUGAAACCAGUAUCAAAAUGAAUAUUUAUGUGGAAAUGUUUAUGGCUGCUAGAGAUUUCUUUUUGUUCAGAGGGUUAGGCUAUUUUAUUUCUUAUCUUUAUGAUGUCGUUUUUAUAAAUCCUACAAUUGGAAAUAGUAUUUCAGAAUAAUCAUUUUAGUGCUCCAUCUAAAGUCCAAAUAAUAUAACUGUCAACGAUUGCGAAUAUUUGAAGAAAAAUACAUAUUUCUAUUUAUCAAGUGCAGAUAUCUGCGUUAUUAGAUAUCCAUUUUUUUCCUUAGAAGGAGAAGAUAAUGUAGAACAGUAAUACAGCUUAAUGUACAUUUACAUCAUCCUUUGGAUUAUAUUAGAAAGCUUUGCAGGUUCCAUUCUUUUUUUUAACACUUAAGUCCUGUCAUAUGUCAAUGAAGGAGGUAAAGAACCAAAAGAUUACAACAAAAAAAUUCUAAAUUACUCUAAAAUUUUCUUUGUUUGUUAAGCUAUUGUUUUAUCAGUGCUAAUAUUUGUUUUCAGAAUUCGUUUGUACUUCCGCUUCGAGUCUGCCCAAGUAAUUAUAUUCUACUUAGUAUGGAAAAGUCUUGGCUUCAUGCUACUGUUAGAUUAAUUUAUAAAAAAGAAAUAUCUCUCAAAGGAGCUUUAUAUAGAUAUAGCUUAUGAUAAGGACAUGGAUUGGACUAAAAAUGAAAAAAAUAAUUAUGAAAAGGCAAAAGAAAGAGCUGAAUAAUCUUUAGAUAAAAUGGGGAGGAGCUUCAUAGAAAAUUAUAAACAUUAUUUACAAAUAAUACACAAAAAUCUUGAGAGCAAAUGUGCUUAAAAGUAAAGUUAACAAAAAAAUAAGAUAAAAUUCUAAUGGAAUUCUUAUUUAAUGUUUGUGUUAUGCACUCUCGGUUUAGGAAUCAUUGGAUACUCCCUCUGUCUGAUUCAUUAUUCAAUCAAUAAAGACAGCUCUUAAUAAGACAUCCCUAAUACAAUUGAAUUAUCAGAUUUAAACACCUCAAACUUUUUGUUUGGUAAAUAUUUGAAAGCCUAGGGGCUCUAUUGGUUUGGAUUUGUUUUCUGCAUGCUUGAAAGUGCUAUUUUUGAAAUAUUUAACAGUGUUCUUUUAUUGCACAGCUACUACUUACAAUUGUUCAAGCAAAUGGCUAGCCCUGAAGGAGAAUAAAGCAGCAAUGAAGAGCAAGAAAUUCAAUGA